CGCUCUUAUUCCUUCAAAAGCACUCGGUCAGACAUGAUGGGGGUAGUCAGGCCGGUGUUGAUCUGCGCGGUAUUAUUAGGACUUCUCUCACAAGUCCCUGCAUCAUCGGAAGAACAGGCGCCACUCACACUCCAAGACAUAUCCAUACUCUUAGACUACCUACAGAAUAGAGAAACAUACGGAAGUGAAAGCCGCCCCGAAGGAGAGCAGCCCUUGACUUAUGAAAACAUAAUUAAGGACGAGAUGGAGAACGACCCUGAACAACUACUGACACAGAAAAGGGCAGGAUAUAUGGCGCUAUGCCACUUCAAGAUUUGCAACAUGGGGAGGAAGAGGACGUACUCGGAUAUAUUCAGAAAGAGAAAAAUGUGGCCAAGGCUGUAAAAUUGCGUUUUUUUUGUUUAUUUUCGGUUGUUAACAUUCUAAUAACAUUUCGAUUUGUUUAUAUUAAAGCCGUUUAUCUCAAUUUUCUUUUUCCUGUUUCCGUGUGAAACACAGUUCUGCCGUAUUUUCCCCGGGAGGACAGUGAGUCACGCCAAUUCGGCCAUUACCACAUAAAUGAAAACGAUAAUAAUUAAUAAUUUUAUUAAGAUAUAACUGUUUCUCAGUAAUAUCAAUAUUAUAUAAUUGUUUUGUAAUCAUUUUCAGAGAAUUUUGUGUCCCUGUGUCUUAUUUUCGAAAUUAUUAUAAAUAGACAUUUUGUCAGUUAAGUUAUAUAUAAAAUGUAUAAAAGAAAAAACAUACUUGUUGUUUUCUUUCUUUUAUCAAUUCACCCGAUAUGAUCUUAUAUUCGAUGUUGCCGCCUAUGUAUUUGACUGAAGAGUAUAAAUAUUACUAAUAAAGCAUUUUAAAAAUGACUGACGCCGACUAUUUGUAACUUUAAUUUUACAACCUGAAUAACAAAACGUGUAUAGCUUUAUAAAAUGUAAAAUAACCUGGACCGAGGACAGCGGAAAAUGCAGGAAAUAUCGCCAUCCUACCGUGUAGAUUCAAUACCUCGCAUUCUCGGAUCACUGACCACUUUCACAUCGAACUGAACAUCAGCAAAAUUACUUUUAGAUUAAAACAUUACCCACGUACAUUUAUGGAAAUGAAA